AAUACGUAGCUUUGCCGUGACGUGUUACGUAAAUAAGUUGCUAAAGCGUCAAAUUCAAUGUUGAUUCCCCUUAGCUGGAGUUAACUCACGUUUCGGUGGCGUUAGUUUGGAAACGGAAACUAAAACACUGCAAUUAUUUAACUCGGUACCGCACGCUAGGUCAUAUUAUUUGGUAUCUCCGCAACAAGGCAUAUUCGGCCAGGAACGAGGUGUUGACGGCGUUUCCUAGCUAAUGGGGUUAGCCACACAAAGCUCCGUUUAAGUGGGUCGCCUCGUUACCGGUUUUUAAACAUUCUGUCGCCAAAUUCAGUUGAGCGUUUCGUUAGGAUAGGAUGAACUGGCUUUUCCCCGUCUCAAAAGGCUCCGGACCUCACCCUCCACUCAACAGCCUUCAGCAACAAAGGCAGCGGCAGAUUGAGUCACUAAAAGCUGCUCAUCCCAGCAGCAUUGCAGAAAUCCAGAAAGAUGUGGAGUACAGGAUCCCGUUUACAGUCAACAACUCCACCAUCACCGUUAACAUUCUUCUUCCUCCUCAAUUCCCUCAGGAUAAGCCGGUAGUUAGUGUCUACCCUCCUGUUGGUCAUCACCUCGUUGACAGCAAUAAUGGCACUGUGAUUGCAAGCCCCCUCAUCACUAAUUUUGGCAUGCACUCAGACCUUGGGAAAGUCAUUCAAAGUCUGUUAGAUGAAUUCUGGAAGAGUCCUCCUGCCCUGAUGUCCACCGGCCCGUCUGGCUUUCCAUACAGCAUAUACAAGCAAUCAGGCAUGCCUCCUUACCAGUCUCAGGGUUACCACUAUGGUUCUCGCCAUGUUGGCCCAAGUCAUACGCCGCCUCCAGCUGGACCAGGUCCAGUGCUACAUCCAGGGGUUGACGUCCAUGGGUGCAUUCAUGGUCCAGCUCCUUAUGGACUUAUUACUGACCUGCCAUUGCCCGUACCCAUUGGAGAUUUACAGGCUGGACUAAAUGGACAUGUGUAUAAGAUGCCUGAGAUUCCUGAGUCUUUUGCUGAACUCUGUGACUUCAAUCUGACGCAGCUGUCCGAAAUGUCCGAAAAUGAGGAUGUGUUACUGAGGUUCUUCGUGACAUUGCCACAACUAAAGCAGGUCACAAAUGAUAAAGAAGAGUUGGUUACUAACAUAGUGGAUAUGGCAAAGAGAAAUCUUCAGAUGGAACCACACCUGGAAGAGAAAAGACAAGAAAUGAUAUACAAGUUUGAACAACUGACUCAGCUGAAGUCCGCCUUUGAGACAAAAAUGCAGAGACAGCAUGAUCUCAGUGAGAGCUGCAGUCUAAGCACUCUACAGGCUCGAUUAAAGGUCGCAGCACACCAGGCCGAGGAGGAAUCUGAGGAGACAGCUGAAAACUUUCUGGAGGGACGCACUGAUAUAGAUGAAUUUGUCAAUAGCUUCAUGGAAAAAAGAACGCUUUGUCACAGCAGAAGGGCCAAAGAGGAGAAGUUGCAACAGUCCAUUAACACCCAUGAACAGUUUCCCACCAGCCACUAGAACACAAGGUUUGCUGUUUUCCCAGCCAACUGCUGGCAACCAAAAGAAUGAAGACACGGGACGUGCAAAGUCGGUUAACAAUUUGGAAAAUGGGAGGAAUUUGGAGGGACAGGAAGAUGAUAGCAGCCAUGGUGGCUUUAACAACAAGAAGCACAUUUGCUCAGAACUUGGGUGAGGUGACAGAAGAACGCAGGAGGCCAGAAGUAAUACUUGCUUUCAGGUUCCAGACAAACACUUUGUGUUGCACAUGAUGUUCUGUUGCGAUCCAUCAGUGGUAGGUGAUGUAAAACCAUGUUUGAAGUAACUACUGUAUGAUUAGCAUAGAACAGUAUUCCCGUACACUAUAUUUUCUACCAAACAAGAAAUACCACCAUCAAUUAAAAUACUCAAUUCUAGUAUGUAGACUUUCACAGAGAUCACCGACCACGUCUUUAGCCUCUGUCCAAGAAAGAUGUCCCAUUUAACCUCUCGUUUACUUAAACUGAGGACCUUAUUGUAGCCAAUUACCCUCAUAAUAGAUAUCAACAUUGCGCUGUUGAGAUUGAACUGAACAAUCAGGGAUGUAACAAGGUCAAACAAUGUAGUCAUUAAUCUCAUUUCAGGUGUUAAAAUGGAGCAUAUAUUGUCUGCAGACGGGCAAACCAAAUUAUCAGUGUUUUCUUUACAUUAUUUUACAACAAUGAGGCAGUACUCUGAUAACACUAAUGUUUAUGUACUGUAUGUUGCUAAUUUAUUUCUUUUAUUGAAAGCAAGCAGCUUUUGACCAGAUGUUGCAGAAUGUAUUGCCAUUGAUAAUGGUUGGAUAAUUCACUGCAAAAGGGUCGAAUAGGCUGCACCACAAUGGAGGAGCUGCUGCCUGUUAGCAAGCAUUGGAAACUUUAGUUUGUCCUCAAUGUUGACUGUGAAGGGUUUUUUCCCUGUUCCUGUGAUUCACAUAUGUCAGCAUCCGGGUCAUACUUUGACAAUUAAAACCCACUCGCUUCAAGGUUUGAAAUUGUACACAUUAUUCCACCUCAAACAUUUUUGUUGGUUCUGAUUUUAGGGGGAGUCUGAAUACGGUAUGAAGGUUGAUCAAACAUUGCCUUUAAUGUUUUAUUCCUGAGUUUUGGUGCAUGGAAAUAGAGUAGCUGAUCUCUGAUGUUGACCAUAUUUGACUUUAGUUGGUAACACGUUGACUAAUGUCAAGGAUGAUUUGGUUUAAUGCUGCAGUAAAAGUCAAUACAAUUGAAAACUGUAUUUAAAUAAUGUUAAUAAUAGACUAUAUUGCAAUCAAAUACUUGGACUCCUUGUGUAAUUUCUUAUUUAAUAUGUUAGGGUAUUAAAGCAUUUACAAGAUAUCUUGUCUGGUGUCAUUUUGUUGAACACUAUAUUGUGAUCCUGGUGGUGAAGGGUAUAUUGUAAUCAUCUUCUCUAUGCCAUCUUUUUUGCCUCUUAUCUGAAAUACGGAACAUAUGGCAUAUUUUAGCCUAAGACUAAUUUCAGUCUGUAGCCAUUUCUGGCCUGCUAUUCACAAGUAUUCAUGGAUGUAACACCAAAUUCUGGGCCCCCUAUUCCACCCUGUACACGCACAUUUAGUAUGUAUACAUGCACUAAAAACAAACAAUUGCAUGAAUUUGGUGUAAACUAGCUUUUUAAAACAUGUACAACCUUAAGGUCUUUAGUUUAAAAGAUGGGGUUAACAUACCUAGUUCUAGACUAGACAAGUAUUUUUUUCCAUGACAAUGUGCCAACAAAUCCAAUGUAAAGUGGCCAGUAUAUGGAUUGAAAUACUAGUUUUAAAGUUUCAAACUUUAAUCGAGGGUCCCAGACAAUGAACUGCAAAGUGAAACUUCUUAGUCGUUUUCUCCUCUGCUGCUGCACCAGGUCGAUAAUGUGUAUUUUUUUACCUUUUGUAUAUCACCGCAUUCUUGUACUAAAGUGAUUGUCUGAAUGCUGAAAGGUGAACUUGGAUGACACUGAUCGCAUAAGACAUACAUCAGCGCAGAUUCAAAGUGUCAUUCUCUUUCUAUGCCACAUCAAUGUGGAAUGCGCUCCCAACAGGUGUAAAAGAAAGGGCAUCUCUAUCCUCCUUCAAAACCGCACAAAGUACACCUCCAGGCAACUUCAACCUUAAACUAACACCCUCCCCGGAUUGUUAAUAAUCAAAUGUAGAUACUUUUGUUUAUGCUUUCUGAUCUCUCUCUCUCUAUGUCCACUACUUGCUGUACAUAUCCUACCAAGUCAGUCCUACACUGUUUCAAUGUACAUUUCUCUGAUGAUGCAAUUGUUGAUGACUGAAGUGAUGAUAACAACCAAACCUAACACCCCCCCCCCUCCACAUCCCACACCCCAGAUUGUAAAUAAUGUAAAUAAUUCAAUGUAUAUACUCUGAUGAUUAUCUUGUGUGAUGACUGUAUUAUGAUGAUAGUAUAUAUCUGUAUCAUGAAUCAAUUUAAGAGGACCCCGACUUAAACAAGUUGAAAAACUUAAUCGGGUGUUACCAUUUAGUGGUCAAUUGUACGAAAUAUGUACUUCACUGUGCAAUCUACUAAUAAAAG